CGGCAUUUAGUAUGGCCCGGAACUGCGGCAACUCACUCACAUUUGGUGACGCUAAUUUUGCUACGGUCCGUCGCAAGUUCGGCACUUCUGUGUUGGUACAGUCACUGGUUCGGGAAUGGCACAACUUGAUGUGGUUCGGCACUUACGAUCCUGUGCCACGUCAGCAGCGCCACAUCACAGUGCCAGAUCAGCAGUGCCACGUCAGCAGUGCCACGUCACAGUGCCACGUCAGCAGUGCCACGUCAGCAGUGCCACGACACAGUGCCAGAUCAGCAGUGCCACGUCAGCAGUACCAGGUCACAGUGCCACGUAAGCAGUGCCACAUCAGCAGUGCCACGUCAGACACAGUGCCACGUAAGCAGUGCCACAUCAGCAGUGCCACGUCAGACAGUGCCACAUCAGCAGUGCCACAUCAGCAAUGCCACAUCAGCAGUGCCACGUCGGACAGAGUGCCACAUCAGACAAAGUGCCACGUCAGCAACAUGACGGGCCUGCCAGGGCAACUGCCCAACGAGUCUAUUGCCGCCUACAAGCAGCGUUGCCUGGCUCAGAUCGAGGCUGAGGAACAACGCCAGCUGGCAGCCGAGGCUGCCCGCGUACAGGCUGAAGAGGCAGCAGCAGCAGAGAAGCUGCGACUACAGGCCGAUGCAGACGCAGACUCCCAGGCUCGCCGCAAGGAAGCCCAGGAUCUGCUACAACGGCAUGAAGCCACAAGCACCGACAGACUCAAGUUCUGGCACUUUGAACCAAACGGCGACGAGGCAACACCRGAAGAGAAGCACAAGGAGUUCCUCUCCAAACUCGUGACGCGGUUGUUGUAUGCUUGCAACUACCAACGGUCAGAGUUGGAGAGACAGUACCAGGACCUGAYGCAACAGCAUCAGGAGUUGGCACAGCUCCGCYGCAUGGUGCAGAGCCACGAGGAUGCAACCCGGGCACUCAAUGCCCGAUUGYUGGACCUGGAACAGGCUGUACCARGACCAACUGYUGGGGCUUCCAGCAGUGCACCCUCRAGCCGCCAACUGGAGGACCGCGUUGACCACGUAGUGGCAAUGCUCMGCGACAUCAGCACCUUCGCUGCGYCGACCACCACCAUCAGCAGUCAGCUGCAUACAUUGAAGACCGAGGUCCAGCAGCUGCAGACGACGAACGGGGAUGGCAAUCCGAAGAUGUAUAAGAUGCCAACCUUCAAUCUGGAGAGGUUCGACGACUACACGCAGCAGGAUCCGGUCCUCUGGUGGGAAGCAUUCACAACGCAACUCAGGAUUNGCGUACAUCGGCGCCCUGUUCCUGAACUCAAAGGGCGGAUGCCAGACCUGGUUGAGCCACCUGGCAACCUCCCACGGCGUCGACGUACCAGACUUGAAGGACGUAAUCACAUGGGAGGAACUGACAUAGCUGUGGAAGAAGCGGUUCAUCCAACACGGGACUGGCUCACGGAGUGGCAGAAGAUUGCGGCUGUGCCCAAUCUGAACUUACCAUUUGAGCAUCUACGCCGUGAGUUCUACAAUAGGUCCUGUGUUGCAUUGAGCCAGGCUCUUGGUGAUCGCGAGCAGUACUCAACCUUUGCUGAGAUAAUUGACAAAGCAAGGGAGAUCAUCAAGACCAACAGGUCAGCUGCACACGAGAAAUCGACAUCAUGGCAGCCGACGUAUGUGGAGAAGGUACGAACUGGUUCGCGACAGCAGCACUUCGCUGCAGUCCAGCAGGACAGUGGAGAUAACCCAACAGCCACUCCAGCAUCAAGUGACGGAGAUCAGGUGGCCGCUGUCCAGCCGCGAAGCACCAACAAGUCCCGCAACAAUGGGAAGGCGAAAUCCGCAUCGCAGGCCGAAAAUGGACAGCUAGGACAAUUUUCAUGGGUCAAGUUUGGCUUGACCGAGGCGGAGUACAAGGUCCGCGGCCGCUACGACAGCUGCUAUUGACUGGAUGAGCUCGACCCGUUGACGUUCACGGACUUCCAGUGGAUGCCCGUUCCUUGGAACGGACGAUUGCCGAAACCGCAUUGCAACGUGCUUAUGGCACAAUUGCGGGACUACUUGCACACUGCAGUACCAGCUCCGUUGAUGGACGCCGGAGUAGAGGUUGUCGACCUUCACGUUUACAUCGCGAAGAUCGACCGCGAGUUCAAGACGCAACGGUACGACGACAUCGACGCACCAUUGCUAUACGUACGCAUUCAGAUCGGAGAGGCGACCUGCAGUGCCUUGAUCAAUUGCGGAGCAUCUCGCAACUACAUCAGCCAGGACUUCAUGGUACGCGCCGGCCUUGGCCCACGUGUCCGGAGGAAGUCCCAGCCUACGCAAGUCACUCUAGCAGACGGUCAUACGCACAAGUCCAUCGACCGGUGCAUUGACACCGUCCCAGUGUACUUUGCCCCUCACGCGAGUGAGGCAGUGUCCUUUGACAUUCUGGACACCAAAUUCGACAUGAUCUUGGGCAUGUCAUGGCUGCGAAGCAAGGAUCACCCGAUGAACUUCUUCAACCGCACCGUUCACGUUCGUGACCGGAACGGAGUAUUAGUUCCAUGCACGGUGCCUCUUCCUCAUCCUUCGAUCAACUGCCACGUGGUAUCCGCCGCAAGCAUGCGAGCUUCCAUCAUCAGAGACGACAUCGAGGAGAUGGGGGUGUGUUUUCUCCAUGCCCUCCCGCCACAUGACGCUUCAACGACGGACUCACCUUCGGAUCCACGCAUCACCGAACUUCUCGGCGCCUACAGCGACGUGUUCGAAGGCCCGCACGGAGUAGUACCGGAUCGACCCAUCCGCCACGAGAUCAUCCUCGAGGACGGGGCCGCCGGUUCUUGUUCUGGUCUGCACGUUAUAGUAUGCAACACGUACACAGCGAGGCGACUUGGGAUCUCUCCAGGAGACGGACGUCUCCUGACGAAGUGCGCCUGAUCAGCACGGUAAGACACGAAAACGGGGGUAGAAGCAGCGAGCCAAGGGGUUUGCAGCUCACGGGAGGUUGUUUGGAGCUAACAUUGGAGAUGGUCGUUUUAGCCAGCAUGUAGUUUCUCUGCGACGAGACUGAGAUGAAGCGGCAACCUAUGCUACUGAUGAGGAGACACUCUCCGCUUGAUCUACUCUCCUGAUGAGUAGUCCGCGGGGUAGCAAGAUACAAUAGAAAACGUUCGCAUGCUUCUGAUUGGGAAGAGAACGCCGCUUCGGAAAUAAGGGGGAGAGAGAACAGAGAAGAGGGGAGGUAAACGUGGAAUAACCGUGUGAGCGCGUUUGUAAGAGAAGAGAAGGGGAAACAGACGGGAAUAAUCUCCUUAUUCGGAAAUGAACGCACCUGGCCGCU